AUUCAUUUUCAUGUUGCAUGUCUUUCUAAUACACGCCUAUCCGAAGAGUGUCUAUUCAGAAGUCAUAAUUUACUUGGCAUUCUCUAUUUUGUUCCUGGGGGUGCUUGGAACCCGGUUUCCACACAUACCAAUAAGGACUAAGUUGUAGGACAUCAAAAAGUGCUUAUCUUGCUCAAGUUUCAUACAGUAUAGUAAUAGUAAAGAGGAAUGAAGAGUUUUGCUACUAAAGUAGAAGAAGGAAGAGAAGGUACAAAUGGCAAGCUAUCUGUAGGUCCGGUAUAUCGUAACCUUCUAUCCGAAGAUCAAUUUCCACCGUCCGAUCCUGAUCUAACUACUGCUUGGGAUAUUUUCAGUGAGGCUGUGAAAAAGUAUCCUCAAAACCGUAUGUUAGGAUGGCGCGAAUAUGUUAAUGGAAAGUUUGGAUCAUAUGUUUGGAAAACAUAUAAGCAAGUUUAUGAUGAAGUGAUGCAUAUUGGUUCUGCUCUACAUGCAUCUGGUGCUCAACCUGGAUCAAGAAUUGGAGUAUAUGGAUCAAACUGUCCUCAAUGGAUUGUAGCAAUGGAGGCUUGUUGUGCUCAUAGUUUGGUUUGUGUGCCUCUAUAUGAUACCCUUGGGUCUGGUGCUGUAAAUUUUAUCAUAGAUCAUGCCGAAAUAGAUUUCGUGUUUGUUCAAGAUAAGAAGGUUUUGCAACUUUUGGAUCCUGAUUGUAAAUCUGCUUCAAGAUUGAAAGCUAUGGUUUGUUUCACUUCAUUAACAAAUGAAGAGAAAGAUAAAGCAACCAACAUUGGGAUUAAGCCAUAUUCAUGGGAAGAGUUCUUGCAUAUGGGAAAAGAAAAUCCAUCAACUAUUUUACCACCACAAGCUCAUAAUAUAUGCACAAUAAUGUAUACUAGUGGAACAAGUGGAGACCCUAAAGGUGUUGUUUUGACACAUGAAAAUAUUACUUAUUUUGUAAGAGGAAUGGAUAUUUUCAUGGAACAAUUUGAAGAAAAGAUGACUGUUGAAGAUGUGUAUUUAUCCUUCCUCCCUUUAGCUCAUAUCCUUGAUCGUACAAUUGAGGAGUAUUUCUUCCAUAAGGGUGCAUCUGUUGGCUACUACCAUGGGGAUCUAACAGCAUUAAGGGAUGAUUUAAUGGAAUUGAAACCAACAUUGUUUGCUGGUGUCCCUAGAGUCUUUGAAAAGGUCUAUGAAGGUAUCAAGAAAGCAGUGGAAGAGCUCAAUCCAGUGAGAAGAACAGUCUUUGGCUUGCUCUACAAACAUGAGGCUGUGAAAAAGUAUCCUCAAAACCGUAUGUUAGGAUGGCGCGAAUAUGUUAAUGGAAAGUUUGGAUCAUAUGUUUGGAAAACAUAUAAGCAAGUUUAUGAUGAAGUGAUGCAUAUUGGUUCUGCUCUACAUGCAUCUGGUGCUCAACCUGGAUCAAGAAUUGGAGUAUAUGGAUCAAACUGUCCUCAAUGGAUUGUAGCAAUGGAGGCUUGUUGUGCUCAUAGUUUGGUUUGUGUGCCUCUAUAUGAUACCCUUGGGUCUGGUGCUGUAAAUUUUAUCAUAGAUCAUGCCGAAAUAGAUUUCGUGUUUGUUCAAGAUAAGAAGGUUUUGCAACUUUUGGAUCCUGAUUGUAAAUCUGCUUCAAGAUUGAAAGCUAUGGUUUGUUUCACUUCAUUAACAAAUGAAGAGAAAGAUAAAGCAACCAACAUUGGGAUUAAGCCAUAUUCAUGGGAAGAGUUCUUGCAUAUGGGAAAAGAAAAUCCAUCAACUAUUUUACCACCACAAGCUCAUAAUAUAUGCACAAUAAUGUAUACUAGUGGAACAAGUGGAGACCCUAAAGGUGUUGUUUUGACACAUGAAAAUAUUACUUAUUUUGUAAGAGGAAUGGAUAUUUUCAUGGAACAAUUUGAAGAAAAGAUGACUGUUGAAGAUGUGUAUUUAUCCUUCCUCCCUUUAGCUCAUAUCCUUGAUCGUACAAUUGAGGAGUAUUUCUUCCAUAAGGGUGCAUCUGUUGGCUACUACCAUGGGGAUCUAACAGCAUUAAGGGAUGAUUUAAUGGAAUUGAAACCAACAUUGUUUGCUGGUGUCCCUAGAGUCUUUGAAAAGGUCUAUGAAGGUAUCAAGAAAGCAGUGGAAGAGCUCAAUCCAGUGAGAAGAACAGUCUUUGGCUUGCUCUACAAACAUAAACUUGGUUGGAUGAACAAAGGAUACAAACAUUGUAAAGCAUCACCAUUUGCUGACCUAUUAGCAUUUAGAAAGGUCAAAGCUCGAUUAGGGGGGCGUGUUCGACUAAUUAUAGCUGGAGGUGCACCGUUGAGUUCUGAGAUUGAAGAAUUUUUGCGUGUUACUUCUUGUGCUUUUGUAUGUCAAGGAUAUGGUUUGACUGAAACUUGUGGAUCAACUACUCUUGCCUAUCCUGACGAAAUGUGCAUGCUUGGUACUGUUGGUCCUGUAUCUAUAUACAAUGAGCUACAACUUGAAGAAGUUCCAGAGAUGGGUUACAAUCCUCUUGGAAGUCCUUCAUGUGGUGAGAUAUGUCUUAGAGGGAAAACUGUAUUCACUAGCUACCACAAAAACCCUGAGUUAACAAGGGAAACCAUAAAAGAUGGAUGGUUUCACACAGGGGACAUAGGAGAAAUGCAACCUAAUGGUGUUGUUAAGAUUAUUGAUAGGAAGAAGAAUCUUAUUAAACUUUCUCAAGGAGAGUAUAUUGCACUUGAGCAUUUAGAAAAUGUUUAUGGAAUCACUCCAAUAGUAGAAGAUGUUUGGGUUUAUGGAAAUAGCUUCAAGUCAGUGCUAGUUGCGGUAGUGGUUCCAAAUGAAGACAUUGCCAAAAAAUGGUCAUAUUCAAAUGGUUACAUGGCUCCUUUCUCUGAACUAUGUUCUUUUGACCAAUUCAAGAAAUAUGUGCUAUCCGAAUUGAAGUUGACAGCUGAGAGAAAUAAGCUUAAGGGGUUUGAACAAAUCAAAGGAGUCAUAUUAGAUCCACAUCCAUUUGACAUGGAUAGAGAGUUGGUGACUGCAACAAUGAAAAAGAGAAGAAAUAUUAUGCUCAAGUAUUAUCAGGUUGAAAUAGAUGAAGAAUACCAAAGAUUAACAGGAGAUAGGCAUAAAAUUUGAGAUUUCGUGCCAAAUGAGGAUGUUCAAAUUCUCACAAAUUGUAUUAUACUCCAUCCGUAUUGUAACAAAAAAAAAUAAAAAAUACUCUCUCCGUACCAAAUUAUGUCAUUUUGAAGAAAAAAAUUGUACCAAAUUAUAGUAUGUCGUUUUACAAUAUCAAUGAAGCAUUGAAUGAUAUUUUCUUAUUAUACCCUUAA